CUGCCGAAGCACCCGACAUACCGCGCUGAACAGAGCCUGAGUCUGCAGCCUCCAGGGACCUGGACAAGGAGUAUAUUCCGCUUCCAGCCUCUCGCAAGGGCGUGUCCGCUACAGAGGGCGUGUCCUCCGCAGGCCCCACCCCGCGUUGCGUGCUCACGUCGCGCCGGUCUCGCGCCAGCCCGCUGGGCUGCGGGGACAGCGGCGCCUGAGGGAUUCGCUGACGGGCGCGCUGACUGGUGGCCGGCGGGCGGGCGACAGCGACCUGCGGCAGGACCAGAGGAGCGAUAGCAGCAAGAGCCACACCCAGCAGCAAUGUCAGCGGAAGUGGAGACCUCAGAAGGGGUAGAUGAGUCAGAGAAGAACCCUGGGGCCUUAGAAAAGGAGAACCACAUGAGAAUGGUCGACCUCUCCGAGCUCCUGAAGGAAGGGACCAGGGAAGCACAUGACCGGGCAGAAAACACCCAGUUUGUCAAGGACUUCUUGAAGGGCAACAUUAAGAAGGAGCUGUUUAAGCUGGCCACCACUGCACUUUACUUCACAUACUCAGCCCUCGAGGAGGAAAUGGAACGCAACAAGGACCACCCAGCCUUUGCCCCCUUGUACUUCCCCAUGGAGCUGCACCGGAAGGAGGCGCUGACCAAGGACAUGGGGUAUUUCUUUGGUGAAAACUGGGAGGAGCAGGUGCAGUGCUCCGAGGCUGCCCAAAAGUACGUGGAGCGGAUCCACUACAUAGGGCAGAACGAGCCAGAGCUACUGGUGGCCCAUGCGUACACCCGCUACAUGGGGGACCUCUCGGGGGGCCAGGUGCUGAAGAAGGUGGCCCAGCGUGCACUGAAACUCCCCAGCACAGGGGAAGGGACCCAGUUCUACCUGUUUGAGAAUGUGGACAAUGCACAGCAGUUCAAGCAGCUCUACCGGGCCAGGAUGAAUGCCCUGGACCUGAACAUGAAGACCAAAGAGAAGAUCGUGGAGGAGGCCAACAAGGCCUUUGAGUACAACAUGGAGAUAUUCAACGAACUGGACCAGGCCCGCUCCAUGCUGGCCACAGAGACCUUGAAGGAUGGGUUCCCUGUACACGAUGGGAAAGGAGACAUGCGUAAAUGCCCCUUCUACGCUGCUGAACAAGACAAAGAGAUACUCAUGCCUGCCUGAGGAUGAGAACAAGGAUGAAGACUGUGUGUGAAAUGCCUGCAGCAGGAAUGCUGGACCUAGCACACAAGAAUGCCAAUUAAUGGAACCUGCUAUUAUUAUGCUUCAUUAGGCAACUUCCAACAGGGAGGAAAACAACAGGUAUGGACACCUCUGCCAUGGGGUGGCUUCUGAUCCCCUACAAUAAGGGAUCCUGGCGCAUGUUCACUAACAUGACAAAGGGACACCUCUACAGGAUUCUGGAGGGACGUGCAAUCAAAACCCUGCCCUAAGAGCUCAGCUCAGCAGCGUUUCUUCACAGCACAGCUCAGCUGGACCACCUGCUCCAUGGGAACCCCAGACAAUCCUUUGGGAAGACAGAGACACUAGCAGUUCUCCAAGGGCCACCUCUCCAGGCAGGCUGCAUGAAAUGCCAGGGACCUGCAAGGGAGCACUCAAGGUUGGCAAUGCCCCUGGAAGGGGGCUCCACCCAUAGACCCUGGUGGCAGGGGCUCUGCAGCAGCUGCUGCCCAGCCACAUUUCUCAGGGCUGGGCUGGCUUUGUGCUGCCUCCCCAGGAGGUGCUUACCCACACAGCAGCCAUGGCACCAAGAUGCCAGCUGGCCUCAGAGGGGCUCCUCUGUUCCCAGGAGGCAGAUCCCAGGCACCCAUCCAGGAACAGGGCUUUCUGCUUGGCUGGGAAAACUGAAAGGCCGCUUUCUGCCUCGCCUGAAGUUUCCAUCUGAUGAACAAAUGAGGCGCCCACUGCUCCAUGAGGAGCAGAGCCGAGGUAAAAGACAAAUACUCUCUGUGCCCCUUGGGUCUGAAGAGAGAAUGGCAAGGCCCAAACCAGGUCUAGGGGAAGAAGCCAAAGCAAGAAGCGAGCUGGAAGCAAGCAGGAGCUGAUGUGGACCUCAGGGAAGACGCUUUCAGUCCAGGAAGCAGCACCCAGCAGGGACAGGGCAGUGGGGAAAGGAGAGCAGAGUCCCCGUCAAGGGUGCAGGCCCAAAGGGGACUCUUCCAUGGAGGCUUGGCCCACGCUAGGCCUUUCCAUCCUGUGACAUCUCCAUCCAACACACAGCCAGAUUAGUUCACACCCACCUUGGAGGGCGGUGUGAGAUUAAGUGGGGUGUGGAUAUAAAACUUCCUGAGGCUGGGCGUGGUGGCUCACACCUGUAAUCCUAGCACUUUGUAAGGCUA